CCAAAAACGUAGAGCCGCCCCUGGGCAAGUGGGGCAAUUUGCCCCAGGCCCCGCAGGGGCCCCACGAGCCCUGUCCCGGUGGCGGUCAAUCGGCAGCAUUUUGGCAGGUGGGGGGGAGGAGGGCCCUUCAGAGCUGCAGAAGAGGCGGAGCGACUGAAGGACCCCCGCAGCCAAAAUGUCCAGCUAGCCCUGGCCCGGGGGCAGUCCGGGUCUUCGGCGGAGAGGGGGCCCUUCAGUGUUGCCGAAGACCCGGACCGCCGCUGGAGUCUGCCCUCUUUGAUGAGCUCAGUGACCUGGUUGACACAGAUGAAAUACAGCUGGAUGUGGAUAAUGAGAUUUAUGAGAACAGUCUUUAUAAACUCGACUUUGAUUUGGACUUGAUGUCUUGGGAUUCAGGCCCUUGGGAUGUGACGAGCCAUACUUGUAUAGAUGAAAACUUGAAGGAAGAGCCUCAGUCGCCAGCCACUUCAAUUUGUUCAGUCCCUUCACCAUUAUCAGACUCUUCAGUGCAGCAUGUGCCUGAAGAUUUGGACUUCAGCACCAGCUCCCAGAUGUCUCCUCUCUCUCUGUACAGCAAGAGAUCUGGAAGUCAGAAAGAUAAAAAGCUCACUUCCAAUGCUGCACACCAGUCUGCAAACAGCUCUGUGGGGACACCAAAAAGAUCUAGUCAGACAACAUCCAAACCUUCAAUUCAACCGAAGCCUCUCUUGCUGCCUGCAGUACCUGAAGCUCAGGCCAGCCUUGGCAUUCAGGCUAAAGCCAUCAUUAUUCAGGCUCUUCCAGCGCUUUUGCCACUGACAAAGCAGCAUCCAGUUGUUAGUAUCCAACCGGCCCCUCCUAAAGGUCAGCCAGUGGUGCUUUCUCAGUCCACUGUGGUGCAGCUCCAGACUCCUGGAGUUCACCCUGCAUCUCAGCCAGUCAUUGCUGUCACUGGAGGGACCACGCAGCUGUCCAGUCACACUGUGAAUGUACUGGCACCAGCUACAGGAAGCAGUUCAGUGAGUGGAAAAAUAGCGCUGACUAAACCCCUCCUCCAAACUACAGGCAUGGAUAUUAACAUCCUGAGAAGACAGCAACGCAUGAUCAAAAACCGGGAGUCAGCCUGCCAGUCACGCAGGAAGAAGAAAGAAUACAUGUUGGGGCUGGAGGCCAGGCUGAAGGCUGCCUUACUGGAGAAUGAGCAGCUCAAGAGAGAGAAUGGCUCACUGAAGAGACAACUGGAGGAAUUGGUGUUAGAGAACCAGAAUCUUAAAAUCCCCUCUCCAAAGAGAAGAGCUGUGUGUGUGAUGGUGAUAUUGGCCUUUGUAAUGUUGAACUAUGGCCCAUUCAGUGUAUUUGAAAGGGAUCCCAAUGGAGCUGAACCCAGCGUGAGCCUUGCCCACCGCAGCAGAAAUCUGCUGGAGUUCUCAGCCAGCCAGAAGCUCAACACAGCUCAACAAAUGCCUAACAUCAUCUCCCAGAAUAAGGAAAGGAAUGAACGUUCUGUUUCUGAUAACAAAGCCUUAAUGGUAGUAACAGAAGACCCACUAUUGUCUAUUUCUCCACCACCCUGUCAGCCACUGAUCAACCGGACUGAGUCUCUCAGAUUAAAUCACGAACUUCGAGGAUGGGUUCAUAGGCAUGAAGUGGAAAGGACAAGGUCUAGAAGAAUGUCAGAAAACCAGCAACAGAAAACACAAGUUGUCCAGAGCUCUACAGGGGAGAAUGCAGAUUCUCAGUUGAUCGCCAUGCCAAACACAGACCCCAGCAUCAGCAGGAACUCAGGGAAUGAGCUGCAGGUGUAUUAUGCCUCUCUGAGAAAUCACCAAGACUUCUUUGAAGCUAUUCACAGAAGGGGGGAUACAUUCUACGUGGUAUCUUUUCGUAGGGAUCACUUGUUGUUGCCUGCCACCACCCAUAAUAAGACCAGACGGCCCAAGAUGUCUAUCGUGUUGCCAGCAAUAAACAUCAGUGAGAAUGUGAUAAAUGGGCAGGACUACGAGGUGAUGAUGCAGAUAGACUGUGAAGUGAUGGACACCAGGAUUCUGCAUAUCAAAAGCUCCUCCAUACCCCGAUACCUUCGAGAACAGCAAGGAAAUCAGACCAACUCCUUCUAUAGUGCUGCUCCCACCGUCCCUGAGACAGCCCACCCCAUGAGAGCAAUCGUGGAAUCACUGCAGUAGCUCCCAGAAGCCUCACAGCUGCAGUCUCUGAGCCUCAGCAAGGAGGCAGAAAUGUUUGGUGAUACAAAUGCAGCUUUCACCACUAUCACUAUUACUAGGUAAACAGCUGGGGAUACCCAGAUCCAGCACUAGGCCCUACCACUUGCAGUUAGACUGUCCUUUCCAGGACUCCUAGAACUGCAGAGGCUCAGUCCGGGCAUAAUUCCAGCACUGAUACUCCUCCUCAAGUGGAACAUUUUACCAGAACCCUGUGAUGCUGCCCUGCCCAUUGCCUUCCCAGCCUUGCUGGUGCACCCUACCUAGCCUCUUCCCCUGUCAGAUACGUCCCAUGAUGGCCCUGGGCAGUGUUUGACAUCAUACUCGUAAUGACAGUGAGUGAACGGACAUCCUGCAGGUACAGGGCAGGCAGGCAAAGGAAACUGGGCAGACGAGUGGUGAUGUCUGAGAGUGGCAGUAUGGCCUGGUAGCCAGCAAGCAGGGCUGGGGCCAGGAGGACAGGGCCUUACCUGUUGUAUGAUCAGGAAUAACUUCCUUGACCUGUAUUUCAGCGUCCCCAUUUCUAAAUUGGGGCUAACCCCUGCCCUACCUCACAGAGGAGGGGGUUCUGAGGUUUGAUUAGCUGCUGUUUAUGGAGAGCUGGGGAUCUUGUGGAGGGAGGCUCUGGUCGAAGUCCAGAGUCGCAGUAUUUAUUUACACUCAAGCAUGUUAGCAAACGGCAGGAAAAGAAUGGGCAAGUUUAACUGUGGAGGGGGCAGCAAGACAUGGGGUGCCCUAGAACCAACAUGUCCUGUACCUGUGCAGAAGUAGGGCUGCAGCUUUUGUCUGGAACUGUGCGCAGUGAACCAUUCUGCUCACACUCUGCUCUGUACUUACUGCCAGGUACCAGGAUGGGAGAAAGGAACAGCUGGCCUGGCCUCUAUGGUUCCCCCUGCAGGCAAGAAGAAGAGUGGCUCCACGCAGGAACCACUGCAAAGCUGAGCUCUGCAUGUCCAGAGCAGGCACAAGCUUCACGGCCCCCUGGAAUCGUCCCCCACAGAGCCAAACCAGUUCUACUGCUUGCAGAGCCGCUGCCCUCAUGGAGGAAGAAUAGGGACUGGAUUUGGGCUAGAUUUUAAGAUUCCCCCAGUCUAACUUCCUGCAGUGCACAGGACAUGGUGGGGAUUAUUCCAGUCUAAUAGUUGUCACCAAACUUCCUCUGGCUGCUCAGUCUGAAUGUAUUGCCCUGGAAUCCCAUUCCAUGCAGCACCCUCCAUUUCUGGCCACACAAUGCAGCUCCUCGCUCUCCAGGCACACACACUCUUCUCACCAGUAGAAGGGAAUUCCUGCCAUUUGAUUCCUUGCUAGGGAAAUUUGUGCUAGCUCCUUGUGGGAAAUGAAUAGCAUUUUUAAAACACUCUCAUGAUUGAGAAAAGCUUUGUCCCCUUAGCAUGCUGAGUCCCCUUCCUAGCGCAGAAGUCAGCAUUAUCCUUGGAUCAUUUGCUCCCUGGAGAAAGCCAAGCUAUGUGCAAUUUAAUAUCCGUGGAAACAAACAGCAGACGCUUCCUUAAAAGAGAGAUUUGGGGAAAAAUACACAAAAUGUUUUAACAAUGAACCUUCCUUUGUGCCCUGUGUGAGCACAGUGUGUUGGUUCACAGUGUUUUUUUAAAGAGCCAGCACACUGCCUCACCUGCACCUUGUGGUGCAUCUUUGACUUGCCAGAGAGUGACUGCUACAUCAUCUGCCAUGGUAUGAAUCGUGAGAUCAGACACGAGUGGCCCUAGCUCACCAGAGAAAGGUCCUGUCUGCCACCUAGCUGCUGUACAACAUGGGACUGGUCUAGAACAGAACUGUAUGGGGAUCCCAGGCACCAUCACUAUGGAGCAGACAUGCCAAACCUGUGAAAAAAACGCAGAAAUUGGGCUUGUUUUUGACUUAGUUGGCUUGUGAGUUGCUCGUUGGCUAGUUUUUGGUUUGUAGCUUGUUUUGCUUGUUGCUUAUUAGAGCUUGUUGCUUCUUUUUUUUUGAUUGGCUCCCGGCAAGCAGGGGUAAGGGGGGGAGAGAGUCAGGGGUGCACAGCGGGCCCACCACAGCUUAUUGUGAAAGUUGCGGUGCUUAUUUACCAUGUGAAAGUUGGCAACUGAGCUAUGGAGGCAGUGUCCCUGCCAGCUCCUGUGUGUGUUUAGAGUCACUACGAUGUAUUUUAGGCAAUAUGGGAUUUUUAUUUUUUAAAUGCCAUGUCUGAGCAGCCUGGCCCUGAUCCAAGUUAGGCAAAUCUAGCAAGAAGAAAUCAGUCAGCUGAGCUACUUCUUGUACUUCCUGUUAUGGGAUGUUCAUUUUAUGCUAGUGGUUCUUCAGUCUCAUGGGGUCCCUUUCACUUGUGUGUGCCCUAGUUUGUAAUGGAGCAUGGGCUCCUUAGAGCUGGGGGCCAAUGCCUUUGAGUAGCCCAAGCUGCAUUGCAAGUUACAGGCCAGACAGCUGAAUGAGAACUGGGCAGCAGGGCAGAGAAAUGCCCCUCUAAAAUGGGUGAGGAAUUGGGCACCAGCUACAAAAAACAGAGCUACCAGCAGAGGUGAAUACCUCCAUAGCAAGGAACCACUCUCUUCUGCUACACAGUGACCAUUUUUCCAGUGCUCCAAAGUAAUUCCUGCAGGCAGUGGGAGUCCAUUGCUUUACAAAUAAGAGUAUCUGGAAUGUUGGUGACUGUAAGAUGUGGCUUACACUAGCCGUUAGACCUUGUACCCACUGGCUGUGUGAACUCUGGCAGGAGAACCAAGGUGGUAGCCUACAGGCACACUAACUAAUGGGAUCUGGCAGGAGACAGAGCAGGGGAUGAGGCAGGCGUUACUUUUACAGUGCAGGAUUUUGCAAGUUUGCUGUGGCUUUUUGUGGGUGCUUGGGAGAGCACAUUCAAACUUCCCAGCUGAUGGCACUUUACAUUUUAGGGCUAAUGGUGCUGACUUUCAGGACAGUGGCUGCCAGUGUUUACCUUCUGAGAGGGAAAGGCGUGCAGAUACCUUGUUCCAGUUAUUGUACUCAUGUAUUUUGCACCAGUGCUUACAAUGGGGUCUGCAGACGUACAGCUGAGGGUGGAUGCUGUAACAAUCCAUGAGGAACAUCUGUUUAAAAGCAUUUACUUUGCAAUUAUAUUAACCUUCCUUUACCAGCAUUCUGACACCACAGAUCAUUGAAGGGAUCCAGCCCUUGGCAAGUGUGAUGAAAUCUGUGAUGAAAGAUGUAUGUGUUUCUAAGGAUUGUACUAGACUCUGGUGAUAUUUAAGUAUCUUAACCAUUAAACUCUCUGUUAAGCUCAUCUGAAUGGCUUCCACACUUUGACUGCAAAUCUCAUUGUGAAAAUCAGUGGUGCUAGAGCAGACAGCAAGAACACUGCAUGCCAAUCUAGAGUCCUUAAAGGUUGAUUGCACAGGUUAAAUUGCAGAGUUCAACUCAUUAAUUUGGGCACCUCAAUUGUGAGUAGUUUGUUUCUAUUUGAAGGGACGGCCAAGAUAAAAAUAGCAUCAUCUUUCUUAAGAACACACCUUUCCUGGAUUACUGAUACCUCAGAUUAUUAAAGUGAACUUCUUUUAAUCACCCUUUUCAUCCUGAUGCUCUGUUUUUCCCUUCACUCACCUUAGAUGGUGAAAGCAAAUCUAUUCACGUUCUUAUUUAUAUAACCCUCAUCACUGUUUUGAAUCCCACUGUUCACUUUCAUGUCAGUGUCACUUUCAGGCUCCCAUUUCCAGUGCAGUGCUGAUGUCUGUGUUUCUGUCACUGCAGGGAAAUAUUUAAAUCACCCUAAGAACUGUUUUACUUGAUGUGUUGUUUUAAUUUCACUGAAAUAUUUCUAUUACAUUUUGCAAAACACUUUUAAACAAAUCCAAAUCUUAAUUUUGGCCUAAAAUAAAUGGAUUCUGUCCCUCACAAUCCAAUCUCCCCAGCCUUACAGACCACCAGCAUGUCCUCUUGGACCAAAUCUCCACACUCUGAAGAAUCUGAUUAUUCAUGCUCUCCUAAACAAAAUGAGAUUUCAGUAGGAUUUUGCAACAACUGUGGGAAGCAUGUAUUCAAAUGAGCACUACAGCGGUCCUGGUCCCCAUGGACUAGAGCCAGCUGGGAGCAUCAGGGACUCCGUUUGUGUAUCCCUUGCUGACCAGGGAGCAGGCCACACAAUAGUAAAAAUGCCUGUGCCUUGUCUAAAGUAGUGCUGCCCCCUUGCUAGCACUGCCUUUUUCCAACUCACCCCAUGACAUCCUAGCACCAUCCCCAACAGUGACCAGAUUUGGGACUUUCUAUCUUGGAAAGACAGUAACUAAGUCAUGAGCCUGAUAUAGCAGGCUCUUCACAUGCUGAGCUACCAUGCACUUCCUAAAGCUUCAAAUCCCGCUCUAGAUCCAUAGACCCAGUCCUGCAAUUGACCCCCCAGGCAAACCUCAGCACUGAGAGGGCCUGACUCAAGCCAGCAAAGGCAGUCCAGCAGGGCAUGGACUGUGCAGCACAUCCUGGAAAGUCCAUAAAAUGGAUGCAACAAGGCUAUUCUUACCAGAUUAUUUUUAGACCCUCAGAAUAAAAUCUUGUUUGGGGGAUAGGGGAUGAGACUGCUCUGAUUUUGCUUUUAAAUUAUAUGUGGGAUCACUGUAUGCAGAAAAAAAAACUUUAUUUCAUUCUCAUAAAUGAGUCCAUCUGUGUUUAUAACAAGAGGAAAUAAAAUAAUUUUUAAACUUU